AUGGCAUCGAUUAAUCAUGUUGUUUCCUCUCAAGAAGACGAGGUCAUUACGAGUGAAGUCUCCUAUCUCAAGAUUGAUCCCAAGCACAGAUAUGAGAAACCAUAUCGCGUCAACUAUAAUACUGGGGGCCUCUUCCCUUGGACAAACACCUCCCAUGACACACAGCCCAUCUUCAUCAAAAACUUCAGAACUAUUCAGACCCCUGGCAGCCUUGAAAAAUUCGGCUUCAGUGUGAAAACACUUCAGUCUCAACUAAGUCGUCGCGAUUUUGAGGAUUCGGUAAAAGUUGAGGAGUGGUUCUAUCCCGAAGUCAAGAAAUUGCUUAACAAUACAUUUCCCGAAGCCGCAAAGAUCGAAAUAUUAGAGCAUGGGAUUCGUAGGCGUGACCAUAAAGCCCGUAACGCGACUGGCGGUCUGGCACCCGCAAAUAUUGUCCAUAUCGAUUAUACAGAGAACUCAGCAUUCGAUUUCAGUCACAGAAUCUUUAAAGCAUCGGCGGAACAAUAUCCACGACUCCUCAUGGUCAAUUUAUGGAAAUCUAUUCAAGGCCCAGGCAAUGACUGGCCGCUUGCCUUUUGCGACAGACGCACUGUGGAUUAUGACAUGGAUAUUGUGGGCGAAGAUUUAGUAUUUAAAUCUGGGUUUACAGAGCACGCAAGACUCUAUCACAAUCCUCGCCAUGAAUGGUAUUACUUCCAAGACUUGCAAGAUGAUGAGGUGAUUUUGUUUCACCAAUUCGAUUCAGAGCUUGAAGGCGGUGGAGGGACACCACACGCAAGCUUCUUCAACCCUUUGACUAGCAAGGCGGCGGCACCAAGAAUAAGCAUUGAACUUAGAGCACUGAUAUAUUUUGAGUAA